GGACAACUGCAGCCAAGAUGGAGGUGAAGACGUCACUUCUAGACAAUAUGAUUGGGGUUGGUGACAUGGUCCUCCUAGAGCCCCUCUCUGAAGACUCCUUUCUUGACAAUCUAAAGAAGCGCUUUGACCACAGUGAGAUCUAUACGUACAUUGGCAGUGUGGUGAUCUCCAUGAACCCUUACAGGUCCCUGCCCAUCUACACACCAGACAAAGUAGAGGAAUAUCGCAACAGGAACUUCUAUGAACUAAGUCCACACAUCUAUGCUUUGGCAGAUGAGGCCUACCGCUCACUGAGAGACCAGGACAAGGACCAGUGCAUUCUCAUCACAGGGGAGAGUGGCGCUGGGAAAACUGAGGCCAGUAAGCUGGUAAUGUCGUAUGUGGCAGCGGUGUGUGGGAAGGGCCAUGAGGUGAAUAAGGUCAAGGAACAGCUGCUGCAGUCCAAUCCCGUGCUGGAGGCUUUUGGAAAUGCUAAAACAGUAAGAAAUGACAACUCUUCAAGAUUUGGAAAGUAUAUGGAUAUUGAGUUUGACUUCAAAGGAGAUCCCCUGGGCGGAGUCAUCAGCAACUAUCUGCUCGAGAAGUCACGUGUGGUGAAACAGCCAAGAGGAGAGAGGAACUUCCACGUCUUUUAUCAGCUUUUGUCUGGAGCCUCAGACGACACACUCAGGAAGCUAAAGCUGGACCGGGACUUCAGCAAGUACAACUACCUGAGCCUGGACUCUGCUGUGGUCAAUGGGUUGGAUGAUGCGGCCAACUUCAGGACAGUCAGAAACGCCAUGCAGAUCGUGGGCUUCAUGGAGGAUGAGGUGCAGUCAGUGCUGGAGCUGGUGGCAGCCGUGCUGAAGCUCGGCAACAUAGAGUUCAAGCCAGAGUCGCGCUGCAAUGGCACCGAUGAGAGCCGUGUCAAAGACAAAAUGGUGGAUUUAAAGGAGAUGUGUGAACUGCUGGGGAUCGAACAGUCAGUGCUGGAGAGGGCGUUCAGCUACCGAACAGUAGAGGCUAAAAUGGAGAAAGUCUCCACUACCCUGAAUGUGGCUCAGGCCUACUAUGCUCGAGAUGCCCUUGCCAAAAAUCUCUACAGUCGCUUGUUUAGCUGGCUAGUUACCAGAAUCAAUGAAAGCAUAAAAGCACAAACUAAAGCUCGCCACAAGGUCAUGGGUGUGCUGGACAUCUAUGGCUUUGAAAUAUUUGAGGACAACAGCUUCGAGCAGUUCAUCAUCAACUACUGCAAUGAGAAACUGCAGCAGAUCUUCAUUGAACUGACCCUACGGGAGGAGCAGGAAGAGUAUGUCAGAGAGGGCAUCGAGUGGACCAACAUUGAAUAUUUCAACAAUGCUAUUAUCUGUGACCUAAUUGAGAACGUAAAACCAAAUGGCAUCUUGGCCAUGUUGGAUGAGGAGUGUCUGAGGCCUGGGACGGUCACUGAUGAGACCUUCUUGGACAAACUGAACACCAUCUGUGCUGAACACCAGCACUUUGAGAGUCGCCUAAACAAGAACUCAAAGUUUCUCAAUGACCACAGCCUGCCACACAACUGCUUCCGCAUCCAGCACUACGCCGGCAAGGUGCUGUAUCGUGUUGAGGGCUUUGUGGAUAAGAACAAUGACUUGCUAUACCGGGACCUGUCACAGGCCAUGUACAAAGCCAACCACAGCCUCAUCAAACAGCUGUUCCCUGAAGGCAACCCAGCCAAAGUCAAUUUGAAGAGACCCCCAACUGCUGGGUUCCAGUUCAGAGCUUCAGUGGGCACACUGAUGAGGAACCUGCAGACAAAGAACCCAAACUAUAUCCGCUGUAUCAAGCCCAAUGAUAAGAAGGCAUCCCACAUCUUCACUGAGUCUCUGGUCUAUCAGGUGCGCUACCUGGGCCUGAUGGAGAACGUCCGCGUGAGAAGAGCAGGCUAUGCCUUCCGCCAAACCUACGAGCCCUGCCUGGAACGCUACAAAAUGCUCUGCAAAAGGACCUGGCCACACUGGAGGGGGCCUGCAAGGGAAGGAGUGGAGGUGCUGAUGGCUGACCUCCAGAUUCCAACAGUAGAGUUCGCUUAUGGUCGCUCCAAAAUCUUCAUCAGGAACCCAAGAACGCUCUUUUUCUUGGAGGAGAAGAGAAAGCAAUGCCUGCAGGACCUCGCCACACUCAUUCAGAAGAUCUACAGAGGCUGGAAGUGCCGCAGCCAGUUCCUGUUGAUGAAAAAGAGCCAGAUAGUGGUGUCAGCUUGGUACCGCCGAUAUGCUAAGUACCAGAAUAUCAAGAGUGCUACCACUGUGGUUCAGUCUUACACAAGAGGGUGGCAGGCCCGCAAACUUCUGAGAGAGCUGAAAUAUCAGAAGAGAUGUGAAGAGGCAGUGACCACCAUCGCAGCGUUCUGGCACGGCACCCAGGCCCGGAGAGAGCUGCGUCAGCUGAAGGAGGAGGCGAGGAAUAAACAUGCCGUAUCGGUCAUUUGGGCCGGCUGGCAGGGCACCAAGGCUCGCAGGGAGCUCAGGAGACUGAAGGAAGAGGCCAGGCGUAAGCACGCUGUCGCUGUGAUUUGGGCCUACUGGCAGGGACUCAAGGUCCGCAGAGAGUACAGAAAGUUCUUCAGGGCAAAUGCUGGCAAAAAAUUUAGGAACUUUACCAUCCAGCGAAUUAUACAAAAAUACUUCCUGGGUCUGAAGAGCAACAUGCCUUCCAUGUCACCCAUAGACAGGAACUGGCCGGCCAGGCCUUACAUCUUCCUGGACGGAGUCCAUACAGAGCUCCGGAAAAUCUUUCAUCUCUGGAGGUGCAAGAAAUAACAGGGACCAGUUCACAGAGGAAAGAAGGCUGUGUAUGAGGAAAAGCUAGAGGCAAGUGAGAUCUUCAAGGACAAAAAAGUCUUGUAUUGUACUUGCAUUUACUUUACUCCGUCGUGUGUCACAAGCGUGAGUCAGCCUUUCAAAGGAGAUUACCUGGAGAUCAGCAAGAACCCCAAAUAUCAGAAACUAAACAGCGCUGUGGAUGAAAAGGUUCUGCUGGCUGAUGUGGUCAACAAGAUUAACACGAAUGGCAAGGGAACCGCACGGAUCUUCCUGCACAAGAAGAAUUUUGUCCUGGCUGACCAGAAAACCGGCCAGGUGAAGGUCAGCGUUCCUCUGCCAGAUGUCACUAGUGUGUCAGUGAGCACGCAGAAUGAUGGCUUCUUUGCUCUCUCAAAACUCAAAGAGGGUUCAGCUUCAGCUGUCAAAGGAGAUUUCUUACUCAGCAGUGAGCACCUUAUUGAAAUCAUCACCAAGCUCCAUCGCAUUGGGGUGACCGCUGCAGACCGGGAGCGACUCAACAUCGACAUCAUCAGAUGAUUUCUGGUGCAGUUCAAGCAGGACAAAGUAUGCGUGAAAUUCAUCCAGAGCAGCCCCAAGAACGGUAACACUGUGUCCUGCAAGCGCAAGAACAACCGCCUGCUGGAGGUGUCGGUACCCACAUCGCCAUAGUGAAGUCUCCUCUUUACUUCCGCUGCUGUUAUUGAAGGCUCUGUCUGGCGGUGACUAAACAUCAAGCCACCAACACCCCCCACCCCCACCACCACCACCACCACCCCCACUCCAAAACUCUGGACUCAAGAGCCUUCACAUUAGUGCCCACUCUGAGCCCAAAAAUGUGCAGUUAUUGGCUUUCUGUUAUUUUCCUCUAGUUUCUUAUCAAAUUUACUAAGGCACCAUAUAGCUGUAACCACGCGCCGCUUUCUCCUUUUUUCUGGCAAAGAAAGCCUAAUCUGGGUUGCAUGCCACAGAAAAUUAGUAAAACCUUUUACUGGUGUUUUGUAAAGCUGGCGGAGAGUUUGAAGACGGUGCAAAUCUUGUUAGUGCACAAGAGACUUCUGUAUACCAAUGGUGAUGUUGACAAUGAUUGUUUUGCCUGUAUGGUAAAUGUAGUCUUCAGAGAAAAUGUCAUAAGAUGUUCGUGACAAGCUCCCAGCCUCCACAGAUCUUGACUCAUCUCUGCUUUGAGCAGCUCUAGCUUUAACAAGGAUGGCUUAAAAUUUGAGAUGAACUGGAGGCUGUUGGGGAUGACCUGUUGGAUUUUGUUCUCUGAUGAACGUGAAUACUGCACUUGCUUUCAACCUCUGCAUAACAAAAAGAGGAUGAUCUGACAAAUGUAUUUGAUUGUAUGUUGUAUUAUUUUCUAUAUAUUUUUUUUCUCAGAAAAAAAGGUGGACAGCUGCAAAGCCGGAUUUUGUAAAACCCCAUUUGUAUCCAUUCUAUGUGCCAUUGAAAGGUCCCAUGACUUGUCACGUGUCAGUGUACAAACACAGCAUACAGAUCCACACGGGUGAUUAAUUCCCAUUCAUAGUGCUAUUGAUAAUCUAAAUGGUAAAAAUAAAGCUUAUGAAUAGGGAUUAUGUCAACCUGUAGUGGCACUUGUGUUUUGAUAAAGCUGCACAUGUGAAAAAUUGCCAUUUUCUCAACACAUUGCAGUGUGUAUUCAUUCUCAACUCCAACUGAACUCAUUUCACAGAUUGCCAUAUGUAAAUUAAAAGAAGACCCUGAGCAUUUUGUGGGGCUGACGAAAACCAAAAGAUCCCAACCAAUGACUCUAACCUACAUAAAUUCCACGAAGUCUUUACCUGUUUCAAAGCUUUCUGUGGUGCAAAGUGAAACCCUUGAAAGUAAUAGUUUUCGUGCAAUAAGUAAAACGUUUUGUCUCAAUUAUUCUCUUUCUGCCAACAAAGUAGUAAGAACCACAGCAUUUACCCUUCCUGUGCCAUGAGCUGUACAUAGGCUUUAAAGGCUACAGCCCAGACGUGGACAAAUGGCUGUUUAGUAUCCUUAUUUUAAUUGCUGUGUUUGUGAAAUUGCUGUUUUUGCCACUGCAGUUUGAGUAAGUGUUGUGCUCAUCCCACUCUCACCUAAUGUUUAUUUUUCAAUGGGAAAGACCAAAUAUUAAGUGACUACAGAUUCUUGAUAUAUCAGAAGGCAUGGGCAAGUUUUGGCUUUUACAACUUUAUAGAAGUCCCUUAUCAUUUCGACAUGGGCCACAUUUGAAUAUCAAAGAAGCAAGAGGCAAUAUUUUCAGGCAUGUUGACUAUUUUUCUGUAUUUGGAUAUACCGGUAGAACGUUUUGUACUUUUGGUGAAUGUGUGAGGGAAUAACACAAACUUGCUCUUAAUCAUAUUUUGCAAUCCAGGGUAUUAUGGUCUGUAAAUUGAUUUUGUCUUUUUUUUUUUUUUUUAAAUGUAACACAUGACACAGGGACUUGAUAAAUCAGUUGUUGUCCUUCACAUGGAAACGAUUGAGUUGAAUUCCAGUUUUGAUGUAUUUUCUUCUCUGGCUGCACUGCUUCAGUACAGCAGUUUUGCUACAGUAAGACACCCCCCCCCCCCCCCCCCACACCCCCCC